CAAUGUUAUCAAGAUUAAAUUUAUCAAGAGUUAUUUUAGCAAAUAAAUCUUUAUUUUUCAAUGGCGUUUCAAGAAACUAUUGCACCAGAUACACUGAUGAUCACGAAUGGGUUAAAUUAGAAGGUAACCAAGGCACUUUAGGUAUUACAAAUUUUGCUCAAAAACAAUUAGGUGAUAUUGUUUUUGUUGAAUUACCAAAUAUAAGAAAACAUGAAGCUGGAGAACCAAUUUGUGUUAUUGAAUCAGUAAAAGCAGCAUCUGAUGUUUUUUCACCAUUUGAAAUCAAUGUAACAGAAGGUAAUAUGGAGUUAACUCAAGAGCCAGAGUUAGUUAAUUCAGAACCAUAUGCAAGCUGGAUUAUCAAAUUCACAACUAAUGAUACUGAUGGUUUCAAAAAAUUAUUGACAUUGGCCGAAUAUGAAAAAUUAAUUGGGGAAAAAGAAGACACCAGUAAUUAAAUAAUAAUAAUAUAAUAAAAAAAUAAAAAAUAAACAAUUAGCCUUUUUAUUUUAAU